AUGUCGCGCUCCAACGACCCGGGUCACUACUUUCAGACGACCUCCUCCCUCGAGGAGACAGCUCGAAAGGCUGCAAAAUCCAAGAACACCAAGGGCACCCCUAUCAAGCUCCCCUCCAAGAUCCUCGCUGCCAUCGCCGACCCGCAAGAUGACAACUGCAUCUACGUUGCUGAAGCAGCAGGCAACGUGAAGCGUAUCAACAUUGAAACGAGUAAAGUUGCCGCCACGUUCUCAGGACCUACUGCUCCUCUCACAUCCGUCGCCGUUUCCCCUAAAUCGGACACGUUGUUUGCGGGGUGUUGGGACAAGUCUAUUUGGUCAUGGACACUGUCCACGCGUAAGACCGCCCAGCGUUUCCAAGGCCACAGUGACUUCGUCAAGGCCGUCAUAACAUUCACGUUGAACGGCAAAGAGAUCCUAGUGUCAGCUUCACAGGAUGCUAGCAUCAUUGUUUGGGACGUCGCCGCGGGAUCGAAGCUACACACUUUGAAGGGACACACACGUGGAAUCCUCGCUCUUGCGUUGGACCCAGUUGACUACGAGCCCGGCAAAGAGACUGCCACAGUGUUCAGUGCUGGAAGUGACCGAGAAAUCAGGCGAUGGUCCAUCGGGUUAACCUCAGCUUCUGAGGUACAACCGUCGCCAAUCAUUUCCCACGAAACAAGCAUCGACGCCUUACGUUUCGAUUCGGACGGCGAUCUUUGGACAGCUUCAGCAGACAAGACAGCCAAGUGCCUAUCCAGGGGCCGUGAGUGGGAAGAAGACUCCCAGUUCGAGCACCCUGAUUUCGUUCGCGAUGUUGCCAUUGACGAGGAAGGCGGUUGGUUGGUGUCCGUAUGCAGAGACGAAGAGGUUCGCGUUUGGGACAAAAGCAGCGGAAAGCUGCAUCAUACAUUCAGUGGGCAUUUUGAAGAGGUUACCAGCCUCGUUCUACUAGGACAACGUGUGAUCACCGUGGGCAUUGACGCUACAGUCCGAUGUUGGAGCCUGAAGCCACAAGAGCUGACUAAGGCUAUCCAAGAGGCCGAAGACGAGCGCCUCGGUAAGGAAAAGGACAAGGAACCCGAGAAGAAAGAGGGCAUGAUGACUGCGGAAGAAGAAGCGGAGCUUGCUGAGCUUCUAGAAGAUAGCGAUUAG